UUUCUAGAUGUAUGCGACGAGCAAGCAAAGCCCUCCCUUCAAACAAGAAAAACAACCCACCGAUGCACCAAAAUCUCACCCUACAAACACAAAAGCCAGAUCUUGCACAAAAACCCUCCCUUUAGAACCCAGAUGUGGAGAAAAACACAAAAACAAAAGGAAAAAUAAAAAUUCAAUUCCGGUAUGGGGAGAAAGGCCCGAAACCACCAAAACAACUACUACUAACGAAUCUCGUCUUUCCGCUCCUGAAAAAAAAAAAAAUAAUAAUAACACUAAGCGUGCAGCAAACGGCUAGCCUGUGAACAUCGAAAGCAGAAAAACGGCAUGGCCCCGUGGGUGAAGAAAUAGAGGAGUUGGCGGACAUUACAAAGACAUUUUUCUCUCUCCAUUCCUCAAAUCUGAACGUGUCGCUUCUCUGACCAAACUAAUCUUUUCUUUAAUUCUCCUUUUUGCCCUCCUCAGCCCAUACUCUACAAGUUCCUCCUCUCUCAUCGCUCAAAAAAUCUUCCAUUUCUCCCGAUCACCGUCUCCUCCUCUCCUAUGGAGUCCUCUGUUGCUCUCCAAUCCUUUCCGUGUAGAUUGUACGGCCAGCGUUUGACGGUUGACCGGAAGCUCGUUUCUCAUCCGGUGAAGCGAAAUGUAUCUCUUGUCUCGUGUGUAAAGGUGCCUGAAGAUGCUGCUGCUGCUACUGCUUCAAAAGCCAAAUCUGAUGCGAAAGGUUCAUUGGAGAGAAGUUCUCGAAGUGCAACUUUUCCUAAUGGAUUUGAAGCAUUGGUACUAGAGGUCUGUGAUGAGACAGAGGUUGCUGAACUCAAACUAAAGGUUGGGGAUUUUGAAAUGCAUUUGCGCCGCAAUGUUGGGGCUAUAAAAGCUCCCCUGUCCAACAUUUCACCAACAGAACCACCCCCAAUCCCAACUAAACCAAUGGAUGUGUCAGCUCCUGUUGCCACUACUCCAUCGCCACCAAAAACAUCUUCUGAGAAAACCACUCCAUUUACUAAUGUCUCAUUUGGGAAAUCAUCCAAAUUAGCUGUCUUAGAGGCUUCUGGAGCUACUGGAUAUGUUCUAGUUGCUUCUCCAACGGUUGGCACAUUCCGAAGGAACAGAACAGUGAAAGGACAAAGGCAACCUGCCAUCUUGAAAGAGGGUGAUAUAAUUAAAGAAGGACAGGUGAUAGGAUAUUUGGAUCAAUUUGGUACUGAACUUCCUGUGAAGUCAGAUGUGGCAGGAGAAGUCAUAAAGCUCCUCUUUGAUGAUGGAGAUGCUGUUGGUUACGGGGACCCCCUUAUUGCUGUCUUGCCAUCAUUUCCUGGUAUCAACCAGUGAGCUUGCUGUCCUGAUUCAGAUCUUGACACUGUUCAUGGGAAGUUCUGAAGUAAUGCUGAUUUUUUUCCCUAGUACUUUUGGCCUUUCCAUCCUCGAUUCUUCUGAGUUUUUAUUAGACGACAAUACAUAAUUUUAUGCUGAUUAAUUGAUGGUCAGUUUUAUCAACUAUAUCUGGAAGAAUGAAUAAUUCAGCAGUGUAGUUAGAUAUUUGUAAA